AUAAGAACUGAUACCAUUUCACUACUAGUAUUUAUAUAGCUCUAGUUUCUCAUGCAAAUCAAAUCCAUUUUCAUUCAUCACUCAGCUAGCAAGAACACUACUUAAAAUGACUAUAACAGAUUUCCUCAAAAGCCAAUCCAACAGUGAACAACCACAAGAAACUCUAAGCGAGGAUCUUGAUGAGUUUUUCACUUCUCUUCCCAAAGAAAAAGGGUGGAGAACACCCAAUCUUUUCUUUUUCCAAGGCUUUUGGUGUCAACCCAAAGAAAUCCGAGCCAUAAUUUCGACACAACAACACUUUAAAGCUCAAAACAGCGACCUAAUAGUCGCGUCCAUACCAAAAUCUGGCACAACAUGGCUAAAAGCACUCACUUUCUCCAUUGUAAACCGCAAGAAAUUCAACGUCCAACAAAAGAAUAUUAAUCACCCUUUACUUACUCAUAAUCCUCACGAACUUGUACCCUUUCUUGAAUACAAACUUUACGCUGAGUAUAAUUCCCCUCCUGAUCUCUCUCUUUUACCUUCUCCACGCCUUAUUGCUACUCACGUCCCAUUUGGGGCAUUACCAAAUUCAGUUAAGACCACAAAAUGCAAAAUUGUUUACAUUUGCAGGAACCCUUUUGACACCUUUGUUUCAGUUUGGCAUUAUAUUGUAAAAAUUAGACCUGAAUCUUUAGGUCCUUUUACUCUUGAGGAAGCCUUUGAUUUGUACUGUAGGGGAGUUACAGGGUUUGGUCCUUAUUGGGAACAUAUGUUGGGGUACUGGAGAGAGAGCUUAGAAAGUCCAAAUAAGGUGUUGUUCUUGAAAUAUGAGGAUAUGAAAGUAGAUAUGUGUAAUCAAUUGAAGAGAUUAGCUGAGUUCUUGGGGUUUCCUUUUACAAAGGAGGAGGAAAAGGGAGGAAUAAUAAAAGAUGUGUCAAAUCUUUGUAGUUUUCAGAACUUGAGGGAUUUACAAGUGAAUAAGAAAGGGAAAGGGGCAAUUUCAGACUUUGAAAACAGGAAUUUGUUUAGGAAAGGUGAGAUUGGGGAUUGGGUGAAUUAUUUUACACCUUCCAUGUUUGAGAGGCUUUCCAAUAUUAUGGAAGAGAAAUUAGGAGGCUCGGGGCUUACCUUCACAGUUUGUUAAGUCAAGAAACUAAGCAUGCCUUUGGAUAUGUUAAGUUAAAAAAAAAUGAUAUUUGUAAUUUAAAAUUAUAUUUGAACAUGUAUUUCACUUUUAAGGUUGUUUUGAAAAAUUUAGUUGCUUUAAUUCAUA